AACAAAUUUUAGACACCAUGAAGGCUGACACUGUUAUGGCUGCUAGUGAAAUGAACAGCGAAAAGGAAGCUGUUCAAAAGCUUCCAGCUGAAACCCAACCACAAACCAUUGCUGAUUUUAUAAUCCAUCCCCUUAUUGCUUUGAAGCCACGUUUGCCUGAAACUGAAAGUGGCAAACAAGCUAAUACUGCCUCUACCACUCCCUCACCUUGGCAAUUGUUCGGUUUCAAUGCCGGUCAAGGUCUUGGAUCCUCAGUAUCCAAUUUGGCAGGUUCCGUAACUGGUUGGUUGGGUAAUCGUAUUCAAUUGCCCGGUUUGUUAGAAACACCUGUAACUGAAACCACCACUACAAGCACCACCACAACUACCACUCCCAAACCCGAUGUAGUUGUUAGAGUAAAGCAACGCGCUUCAACCAGAAAACCUUUGAUUUCCAUAAACAACGACGACGAUCGUCCAUUCCGCAGAAAGGGUCCCAACCGCUUUAAUGGCAACAAUCUUGAUUAUUCCGAAGAAGAAGACGAUUCUGAAGAAGAUGAUGAUGAAGAUUUCAACAGAAAUCGCAAAAGAUACCACAACGAUGACGAAGAUGAUGAAGAGGACGACUCCAGCCAUGAAAACGAUCAAGAAGAUGAUGAAGAGGAAGAUGACGGAGAAGACAAUGGCAAUAACCAAGACGAUGAAGAGGAGGAAGAAGAAGAAAGACCUGUUAAAAAACAAAAUAAAAAUCGUAGAAGACGCCCCAAGCCCUUGAACCACAACAGAAGAAGAAAUUCAAACAAUAACCAAAGAAGACGCAAUACCAAUGCCCAACGCAAACGCCAACAAGAACAACAACAGGAAGAAAGUGCUGAAGUAGAGCAAUACGAAGAUGAUGAAGAUGAUAACAACGAUCAAGAUUUCUACUACAACAAGAAUCAAGGCUCUAAGCGUUCCCAAAGCGAACAAAAUUUUAUCCAACGCGGGCAACAAAGUUUAUUAAAUCAAAUCAGACAGUUUACCCGCGGACAAACGCCAGCUGAGGUUAGCAACACCUUGCGCAAAUCUCCCACUAAAAAACGCCGUCAACAAGCUACCUUAAUAAUCAAUCGUAAUGGCCAGACCAUUUAUGUAGCUCCCGAACUUUUGCAAGCUUCUGAUGCCUCUAGCAACAAAGUUAGUGCCACUAAAACUAAACGCCCCACUUCCCAAUAUCCCCAACCUCCUUUGACUGUACCCUACAGAAGAAAAGGUCAACCCACCCAAUACAUUACCAUACCCUGGGCUCAAUUAGGCAUCUCUCCUCCCGAUCAAAUUGUCUCCCUAACUGAAGGUAUUCAAUCUCAACCCUUGAUCUUGAACAUACCCCAAAGUGCCAUUGAUAACAUGCAAAGUGUUAGUCCCAACAAAAAGCAAAGCAUUACCGCUGAAGCUGUACCUUUGUUAGCCGAAGCUUCCAUUAUGGACAUUUUCAAGCCCCCUCGUAUACCACCAGCACGCACUCCCACCACCAAAAAAGUUACAUUAUCCAAUACCCCCGUUGUUAUUGCCACAAAACCUAAAGGUGGACCUACACGCAUCCGCCCUGCCACUAUUGUAGAAAAAGCCCCUGCUGAUGAUAACAUGGAUGACAAGAAAACCUCUAGUGAAACCAUGGACAAUGAACCCGAGACAGCUCAAUUUAUUGUGAUCGGUGAUGAAUCCGGUGAAACUGAAUUAAGUCGUAGUGCAUAUAGACAAAUCUUGGACUACUUCAAUCAUCACCGUGUAGGUCGUCAAAUCAACGUUGAAGAAGUAGAUGCUAUGGAAACCCCUAAAGAUAUGGAAGAAAUGGAUGUCAUGGAAGCUCCCAAAACUGAAGAAGUAGCUGCUAUGGAAACUCCUAAAGAUAUGGAAGAAAUGGCUGCUAUGGAAGCUCCCAAAACUGUAGAAGAUAUGGCUGCUAUGGAAACUCCCAUGGAAGAACCCAAAGCUAUUGAAGAAGUAGCUGCCAACACUGAAGAACAAUUCAUACCUGUGCAAGUCAUUUCUGCCGAAGAAGAACCUGCUAAAGUAGAAGCUGCUGUUGACGAUAAAAUGGAAACUGUUACCGAGUCUUCCGUUAUGGAUGUCCCCAAUGAAGUUACUGCCAAAGUAGAAGCUGCUGUUGAGGAUAAAGUGGAAACUGUUACCGAAUCUUCCGCUAUGGAUAUCCCCAAGGAAGAGACUGUAGAAGAAGCCAAAGUUGAAAUGGCUGAAACUAUGAUGGAAUAAAAUGUGUAUGCCACAUUGACGAAACCUAUGCAAAGAUAUUUAAAAAAAGUAUUAAAAGAAAAUUUUAAAU